GGACAGACAGUAAGAAGAGAAAUCCAGAACUGAAAGGGAACAAUUCAGAACGGACAGUCAAGUCCUCUUCAGCACUAGCUGUUGGUUUGGAAAAAGCAAGUCAUAAAAAGGCUGAUGAAAACGUCAAGAGUCAAGUUAAGCCCUCCCUCAAAAUGUUAAAGGAUACUAAACCAAAGGUUGCUUUCCGGGGAGAAACUACAGCUCAGUUUUCUGCAUCAGAAAACACCAGUUCUACAAAAGAACUUGCCAAAGCUUUGCCUCAAUCAGGAGAAAGUAGAGAUAACCCUUCAGAAAUUGAAGCACCUUUACCUCCUGGCCCAGUGGCACCUUCUCGGUCGAAUUACGAUAGGAAAUACUCUUUAGCCUUCCUUAAUGAUGUGCAAGCCACUUCAGCUGAUUUAAGAUUGGACAGAGUGGAUGCCUCAAGACAGAACCUUCUCGUGAAAUUAUUCAAUACAUCUCUUGGUGAUGGUCAUAGUUCUCCCGUGAAUUGCAGUCACAGGGUUCAAAGAGGACACAUGUCAUCAUCAGGCAGAGAAAGAGAUUCCAAGGCCGAGGAUCACCUCUUAGGAGUCUCUACUGAUAGAGACUUUAGGACUCUGGCAAAGAACGCAGAAUCACAGAUUGCUGCUUUGAAACUUAACCCCUUAGGUAAAAGCCAGGGCAAGGAGAACCAGGGAAAAGCACUCCACCUUGGAGCAGAGACAUAUGGGAGGCAAGGAGGUGUGGAAAAAAGUGUAUCUGUAACAGAAACGCAGGAUUGCGCUUCCCUGAGCCAUGAUUCAGUCACGGAGAAGAAACCUCGAGACAGAGGUCCCGGUGUACACAUGUUCCCACUAACGGGGACAGCUUGCCCUGAGCGUCUCCCUCUAGCACAGUCCCGUAACCAGAGUCCCGCCUCUCUGGCUGUAAAAUUUCUCCAGGAAGAGAAAGCAGAAGCUGGUAGCUGGAAUCGAGGCCCUGCUGUGAAGGCGUUGAUGGCGGGUGAGGAGUGGUCUUCUCUGACAUCUAAGUUGGGCUCUCAGCCCCCAGCAUCGUGCCCCCAGGGGCUGCAGUCUGCACGUUCAGCCCAGCACCACGCUUCCAGAAGCCCCUUGGCCGGUCAGAGCCUGUCGAGCGCCCUGGGGCUGGAGUGGUUUCCAGAGCUCUAUCCUGGUUAUCUCGGCCUCGGGGUGCUGCCAGAGAGGCCCCAGCAUUGGAGCACUCUGGCCCAGAAGCCCCUGCUUGUCAUCAGUCCCCAGGGCGAGAGACUCUCCCAAGCCGUCGUGACCAGAGACUGAUUCUGAAGUAAAGCCUCGGAACCUAUUUCCAGACAUUUCCUCAGUGCCUCUGAAGAUGAGCCACGUCUGAGAACAGCUUCUGGAUGCUGGCGCUGAUGCAGGUCCCUGGCACGCAGCAGUGGACUGUUCACACUGGCAGGGAGAAGGUAGUUUAGGGGGAAAAAACCAAAACACAGUUUGUGUAACUACAAAAAGCAAAACUUGCCUGGUGGGGAGACCAGAAGGUCAAGCAGGAAAACCUUGUCAGGUUCUGGGUUUUCAAAGGCCCAGAAACCGCAAUAAAGGCUGUUCUCUAACCUGCA